CGCGCAUUUGGCCUGGGGCGCGGGACUCCCCUGCGUCGACCCCAACGGAAUCGGCUGAAAAUCGGUUUGCGCAGAGAAGGCACAGUCUCGGACGACCUUCUCGAAACCAGGCGUCUGACUCGCACGGACGGCGGGGAUCCGGCGUACAAGUUUGGUCGCGCGUCGCGGGGGCUGCAUCUUGGUGGAACUUUCAGUGACUUUCCAGAGUCGUCUAAAUUUCCCUGCUGGACAACAAAAUCAUCCCUGGGACCAGUACCGGGCUCGCAGAUGUGGCCUCCCGACGCCCGACACGCAGUCGGGCAGAUGCUGCCGGUGUUCGUGUGUCCCGGUUGUCGUUCAAAUAUCCAGCCACCGCCGGGCGUGGCGAUGUUUGCUUGUCCCCGGUGCCAGACGACCAUGCAGUUUCAGUUUCAACUGCCGCCACCGCCCGUGAUGAUGCCGGCUCCGUUGAACCCCGGGGCUCAGCCCGGACCGUCUCCACGGUAUGUUUCUGAGGAGGAGUCGCAAGUCCCGUAUCCCGCUAAUUGGAGCAGCCCUUGGAGAGUAUUCAGUCCCUGCACCUGGGACACAAACGCGGAUCACUGGCAAGAGCCUCCUGAUGAACCGGUUCUGGCGCCGUACAUAGAGAGAUUCGCAUACUACAUUUGCAUGCGGCAUGAGUUGCUAAGGCUGGUGUUUGUAAAACGUAAUGAUACUCUUCGGCGGCCUGAUCGUCUCCUGGUGUUGUUCAUCACUAUUUAUGUUGCACUUCACUUUACAGCCCAAUGGUCCGCGUCAACCCAGGAAAAGAGAAACGACGAUGGUUACAACGAAAAACCCGAGGACGAGAAGGAAGUGAUCGCCCUCCAGUCAUCCAUCAUGAUCGCCGCGAUCGUUGGGUUUGUGGAUGUGGUUUUGUGUUUAAUUUCUCGUCUCAGUUGUGCCAACUUCAAGAUUGGAAGGUUGCUGUCGAUUCCAUUGGCAUUUUUUUGCUUGUUCUUUCUUAUUAUUACCAUAUCUGAAAUCCAGAGUGGCGAGCUCGCAGACGAAAAGACCAUAGGCUGGUGGUUUGUUUCAUUGUUAUGGGGCUGGGCGCUCGCCACUCCUGUGAACAUCGCCGUGAGAGUGUGGCUCUACGGACGCGGUUACACGACGCUCGGGCUAGGACCGAAGAGACGCGUGCUCGGUGACCUGUGCGCGUCGAGUGUCACGACUACCGUAGUCUAGUACGUACUAAUACCUUCUCAGUAAUACUAAUACACGCGUUGGUUCAAAGUG